AUGUAUGAAAAUGAUGAGAUUGGUGUUAAUGUUUAUGAAACGCUUCGCCCAACCAACUGUAGACCGGGUCAAUUUUAUCUGCUUCCAAAAAUCCACAAGGAAGGAAUGCCUGGGCGCCCUAUAGUUAAUGCCAUCGGACACCCCACGGAGAAAAUAUCUGAAUUUAUAGAUUUACAUCUCCGUCCACAUGUAGAAGAUUUGCCAUCAUACCUCAAGGACACUACACAUUACCUGAAUAAAACACCUUCCUCUGGCUUGCCAGACCAUACUCUUCUCGUUACAAUGGACGUCACGUCCUUGUACACGAAUAUUCCUCACGAUGAAGGUAUCGAGGCCUGCAGGGAGGUAUGGGACAGUAGAGCGAUUCAGCAGCCGUCAACCGAAUCUCUACUCAAGCUCCUUGAACAUGUUCUCAAGCUGAACAAUUUCAUGUUCAAUGGCGAACAUUAUAUACAAAUAAGUGGUACAGCUAUGGGCACCAAAAUGGCUCCCUCUUACGCCAACAUAUUUAUGGGAAGAUUGGAACGCAGCCUGCUUCUCAGAGCUCCUUUCAAACCUUUGAGCUGGUUGCGGUUCAUUGAUGAUAUUGAGAUGAAAUGGGUCGAAAACCGAGACUGCCUAGAUGACUUCAUCACCUUUGCCAACUCCUUCCACAAUUCGAUUAAAUUCACAGUGGACAUAUCUAGUUCCAAAAAUGUAUUUUUGGAUACUACAUCCACCUUGGAAGAUGGUGAAAUAAAAUUCAGUCUCCACACCAAACCCACUGAUUCUCACCUCUACCUCAAGCCUUCGAGUUGCCAUCCUCCCCAUACUUUUAGAGGAAUUCCUAAAGGAUUAACAACCCGAAUCAGACGAAUCUGUUCUUCUAAUGAGAUCUUUGAAGAACAGAGCAGAAUAUUGAAAUCCCAUCUGUGUAAUCGAGGCUAUAAAGCCCACACAGUUCAAUCUGCAAUUGAUGAGAUGAUUACAAAAGACAGGAAAACCCUUUUACAAUACAAAAAGAAAACAGACAAAAGCAGGGUUCCACUUGUCACUACAUAUCACCCCGCCCUUAAGAACCUCAACAGCAUCCUUAGAAAUAAUCUGCCCAUUCUUUACACUAACGAAAGAAUGGCUGAUCUUUUCAAGGAUCCACCAAUGGCUGCGUUUAAACGCCCGAGGAACUUAAAGGAUAUGGUAGUGAGGGCAAGAUUAGACAACCCGUUGCCAAAUGGCGGUUUUAAAACAUGUUCCGAUGUCAGGUGCCUAUUGUGCAAAUACAGCACCAACGCGGACAGUUUUAAGAGCACCACCACGGGUCGCACGUACAAGAUAUUUGGCAACACUUCUUGCCGCACAGACAACUGCAUCUAUCUCAUCAGUUGCAAAGUCUGCUCUAAGCAAUACGUCGGUGAAACAGGUGACCUCCGCAGAAGGAUCAACAACCACCGCUCUACCAUAAAGACCAAAAAAGUCAAGGAGCCCGUCGGAGAACAUUUUAAUACCAGUGGCCACAAAUGGGAAGACAUGACAGUAUUGGUUAUUGACCAUAAUCCUAAUUGGACAGACGCGGAGAGGAAAAGCAAAGAAAAGUUCUGGAUGCACAGACUCAAAUCAUUCAGACCUGAUGGCAUGAACAAACAAAUGGACUUCACUAAAAUGAACGUCUCAUAG